GGAAAGGGAAAACGGCCAAGCUACAGAAUGCCCUCUCGUUUCCAGAAGAUGGGCUUGCAUUAUUCAAGGACUUUUUGAGCACCGAGUUCAGUGAUGAGAACAUUGAGUUCUGGAUAGCAUGUGAGGAGUUUCGAACUAUUACACAACCAAAAAAACUAGCCGUUAAGGCGAUAAAGAUAUAUGAAGACUACAUAGCAGUUCAGGCCAAACGCGAGACGUAA